AACCAGCCAUGGUUUGACAGAAGUGACACAAAGAGACAGAGCAACACAGACCACAACCAGCCCAGCCCGAGAGAGGAGAGGCUGCAGCACAUCUUACCGAUACAGGGGCCACUGAGUUCCCAUUUCUUAAACCCUUUGACAGAGGAGGCUGAAGCUUUCUUCUCCUCUCCUGACAUCUGUCUACUCUGUCAGUUCUUCUCUCUCUCACUCUCUCUCUCUCUUUUGUUCUAUUUCUCCCAGUAUGGCCGCAUGGGACCUGUCAGUCACAGUGGAGGACCUGGGCCCUGACGCCCCACCUGUCACCCUCAGUGUUGCCUCUGACCUCCACGUCGGAGGGGUCAUCCUAAAGCUGGUUGAAAAGACACAGAUCCAGCGGGAUUGGUCAGAUCAUGCUCUCUGGUGGGAGCAGAAGCAGCACUGGCUGCUGCGGACAGCCUGGACUCUGGAGAAAUAUGGCAUCCACGCAGACGCCCGGCUGCUCUUCAUGCCCCAACACAAGCCCCUGAAGCUGGGCCUGCCAAACGGAAAAACCCUCAGGCUGCUAGUCUGCUUCUCCAACCCUGUCUUCCAGACCGUGAUGGGCAUCUGCAGACAGCUUAAUAUCCGCCACCCUGAGGAGCUGUCUCUCCUCCGGCCUGUAGAGGAGAAGAAGAAGAAGAAAGACAAAGACUCAACUGAGGAGAUCUACAACCUGACCGAGGUGCCCCUCUCCUCGGCAUCCCGGCCCAGCCUCUAUAACGGCAUGCCAGCUCAUUUUGCUGACUCGCCACAAAUGGAGGCCAUCUACAAAAUGCUGUCAGUCACCCAGCCUCCCCCCGCCCCUGAGGUCAUAGCCAAGCAGUACAGAGCAGCCAGCGUGGUGGACAAGGCCCACAUCCAUGGAAGGUGGUUGGACUCUUCCCGGUGUCUCAUGCAGCAGGGCAUCCAAGAUAGUGACCGAGUCUGGCUUCGCUUCAAAUACUUUUCCCUCUAUGACAUAGAACCCAAGUACGAUGCUGUGCGUCUGAGCCAGCUGUAUGAGCAGGCGCGAUGGGCCAUCCUGCUGGAGGACAUUGACUGCACUGAGGAGGAGAUGAUGCUGUUUGGAGCUCUGCAGUACCACGUCAGUAAGGUGUCUCAGUCGGAGCCCCAGAUGCUGAGCUCCAGUGCAGCCAUGGACGACCUGGAGUCUGCCCUGCAGUCCCUGGAGGUCAAGAUGGACGGAGAGAGCAGCUCUGCUUCUGAAAUGCUGGAAACCAUGACUGCACCUGAACUCAACGACUAUCUGAAGAUUUUCAGGCCCAAGAGACUGACACUGAAGGGAUAUAAGCAAUACUGGUUCAAGUUCCAGGACACCUCAAUCUGUUAUUUCAAGAGCAAAGAGGAGAGCAUCGGAGAGCCCAUUCAACAGAUUAACCUCAAAGGAUGCGAGGUGGCUCCUGAUGUGAACGUGGCAGCACAGAAGUUCCUCAUUAGACUUCUGAUUCCAGCUUCAGAGGGCAUGAACGAGGUCUAUCUACGCUGUGAAAACGAGCAGCAGUAUGCUCAGUGGAUGGCGGCCUGUCGACUGGGCUCCAAAGGCAAGAGUCUGGCUGACAGCAGCUACCAGAGUGAGAUCGAGAGCAUCGGCUCCUUCCUAGCUAUGCAAAAGACCAGCUCUGGUUCCCAUGGUAACACCCCUGCCAGUGAUGAAAGCAUCAAUACUCACAGUCUGGUCUCGCCACGCUACCAUAAGAAGUACAAACCCAAACAGCUGACCCCUCGUAUCCUGGACGCGUACCAGAAUGUGGCUCAGCUCUCUCUGACAGACGCAGUGAUGCGUUUCCUGCAGAUCUGGCAGGCCCUGCCUGACUUUGGCCUCUCUUACUUUAUUGUCAGGUUUAAGGGCAGUCGGAAAGACGAGGUUCUGGGCAUUGCUCCCAACCGCCUGAUCCGCAUUGACCUGGGUGUGGGCGAUGUGGUGAAGACCUGGCGCUACAACAACAUGAAGCAGUGGAAUGUCAACUGGGAUAUACGACAGAUGGCCAUAGAGUUUGAAGGAAACGUCAACAUUGCUUUCAGCUGUGUGACAGCAGACUGCAAAAUCGUUCACGAGUUCAUCGGAGGUUACAUUUUCAUGUCGACACGCAGUCGUGAGAAGAGCGACAAGCUCAAUGAGGAGCUUUUCCACAAGCUGACCGGAGGCCACGAAGCCCUCUAAGACUGCGACAUACAAAUCCUCAACAGCCCACAAUGAUUCCCAGAGUGUCUGUACCGCACCAAAGAGGAUUGUAUGCUCCAUUCAGUCCACUUUGAUUUUAUAUAACCUAUGUUACACUCAUACACACUGUCAGUGGAUCAGCUUUGCAGUGGAUGGAUGACAAAACAUGUAAGGAAGGUUCAAGAAUCCUAAAAACUUCUCCUUUACUUCAUAAUGGACUGCUGGCGCCCCCACACCCUCUUUUCACUCAGAUUAGAAAGUCUUGCUUUGUUUAUAGCUGUAGUCUUAUUGUCACUUAGAGUUUAGUUUUACACUCCUUGCACAUUACAGCAGCCAAGAUAUCAAAGCCGAUGAUCAAACAAAGAUGAAAAUAAGAAAAUCAAGCAAAUAUGAAAUGUUUCCCAAAUUAACAUGAAUAAACACCAUUUAUUGAAAUUA